AUAAAAAAUGAAAAAUUAUAAAUAGAAAAUUAAAAUAUUAUAUUCAGCAUUUUUCUUUGUAGUCUAUUUUUGUUUUAUACUAUACUUUACAAUAAACACUAAUUAAAUUUAGUAGGGUGACAUUUAGAUUCUAUGAAAUUUUAUUCUUCGACCAUCCUAUUGAGUGCAAUCCUUAUACAAUCUUUAUUGACGGUAUGCCUCUCUUUAUCAAAAAGCCUUAGGAUAGGUGUAUUAUACGAUACCGACGAAAAUAAUGACCUAUUAGAACUCUUUGUAAAAGAAGCCAUAGACUCUGUGAAUAAUAAUGAAGAUAUGUUGAUGGGAUCGAAAUUGAUUUACGAUAAGCUAUUUGUACAUAGCGGCAAUAGCUUUCAAACAUACAAUCAAAUUUGUCAAGAACUGCAGAAAAAAUUAAUCGCAUUGUUGGGUCCACAAAACAUCAUGUCCUUGGCUCACGUAAAAUCAAUAAGCGAAGCACUUGAGGUUCCUCAUCUUCAAUACAACUGGGAUCAUACCAGCACAAAAUUGUCCCAUAUAUCUUUAAACCUCUUCCCGCAGAGCGAAAUUAUGAGUCAGGCUUUUUUGGACGUUAUUAUCAAAUGGCAAUGGAACGAUAUCAUAAUAUUGUAUCAAAAUUAUACGGCUUUAAUAAAGCUCCAAAGCAUCAUCAAGGAACCUCCUUCCGAAACAAUGAAAGUCCGUGUCAUAAACGUCAAUAAUUCAACAUACUUGAGAAUUAUGAGGAUGGUAAAAAGUAUGAGGUGGUCGAAUAUAAUCAUAGAUGGUUCACCGUGGUUCACCGAAAGAUUAUUAAAAACAGCUUUGCAGUUAGAGAUGAUGAACGAACAUUACCAUUACUUCUUGACAGUGCUAGAUGUUGAAGCCAUGAAUUUAGAAGAUUAUAAAUAUAACGGAGUAAAGCUGAAUGGAUAUAAAAUCUUCUACGAUCCCUAUAUGAAAACGCUCUGGAAUAAGUAUGGGUUAACCUCCAAAUACCAAAUGGCUUUAUCCACUUCUCAAAUGAGCAAUAAAGAUUUACACACGGAGGCAGCCAUGAUAUAUGAUGCCAUACUAGUCCUCGCCCACGGAUUACAAUUGGCGGAUAAAGGGAGUUCUCUUACAAUUCCUAACAUAUCGUGCGAUAGACAAAAUCCAACGGAGUACGGAACCAGCUUAUUAAAUUAUAUGAACUCAGUAGAAAUAACUGGUUUGACGGGUCCGAUUAAAUUCAAAAAUGGAGUCAGAUCAUAUAUUAAUCUCGAUCUCAUGGAACUUGGGGAGAAAGGUUUGAACAAGAUAGGAUACUGGACACCAAAUGAUGGAAUCAAAAUCAUAGCCAAACAAGAAGAUUUUAGGUACACGCAAAAAAUGAUCUCGAACAAAAGUUUCAUCAUAACUUCUAUAUUGCGACCUUUGGUUAUCACGACGAUUCUGGAGAGCCCAUAUGUGAUGCACAGUAAAUGCCAUAAAGAUAAUAGUUGCGCUACAGAAAACGAUCAUUUUGAGGGCUUCUGUAUGGAUAUGUUAAGUAAAGUGGCCCGAAAAUUAGGAUUUAAAUACAAAAUAAUUGUGGUUCCUGACGGGAAAUACGGUGCUCCAGACCUUAACGGUGACUGGACGGGCAUGAUAAGAGAGUUGAUGGAUAAUAGAGCCGAUCUAGCGGUUGCGCCUUUGACUAUCAAUUGGUUACGAGAACAAGUCGUGGAUUUUACCAAGCCAUUUAUGUCAUUAGGUAUCAGCAUCCUAUUCAAGCUUCCAGAAAAAUCGAAACCUGGUCUAUUUUCUUUCCUGAACCCCUUAUCUUUCGAGAUUUGGGUCUAUGUCAUAGCCGCCUACUUGGGGGUAUCAAUUUUUUUGUUUGCCUUAUCCAGAUUUUCUCCCUACGAAUGGGUUAACACUCAUCCACCCUGUUGCGUAGCCCAGUAUUUGUAUAACAAUAAUUUUAAUUGCGAUAUUUUCACCUCGGAAACGAAUUCUAGUAGUUAUUCGGGAAACAAAAAGUUUAGCCUGGUAAAGAAAUCGGUAGUUGACCCUUUUGCUUAUCUCAAUGACCACGAUAUUUCGAAAAUAAAUAAAAAUUCUGGGAAUGGCACGCAUUCCGGUAGCCCGUUUUAUGAUGAUAUCGAUUGCAAGGAAAAGGAUUUUAUUAGGAACAGGGUUUCUAUCCAAUCUCCGCAUAACUUAGGACUUAAAAUACUCAAGGAUUCGAUGAUAAAAGAAAAUGAAAAUCACGACGAAACCUCUGUAAAAGACUCGGCUAAAAAUAUGAGGAUCGAUAUAUUCCAACCAUCGAUUCUGAACGAGAAAAUAAGAAACCGUGAAUAUUACGAGCCUCCUAUAGUGGAAAAUAGAUUCAAUCUCAUGAACAGUUUGUGGUUCUCAUUAGGCACUCUAAUGCAACAAGGUUCGGAUAUCAGCCCAAGCGCAACUUCCACACGUAUCAUAGGCGGAGUGUGGUGGUUUUUUACUUUGAUCCUAAUAUCUUCUUACACAGCGAACCUAGCAGCAUUUUUAACGGUUGAAAAAAUGGUAAGUCCUAUAGAAAGCGCCGAGGAUUUGGCUGAACAAACCGUGAUUUCUUAUGGAACUCUAGCUUCAGGGUCAACAUUUACCUUUUUUAAGAAUGCAAAAGUUAAUCUGUUUCAAAAAAUGUGGAGAUUUAUGGAAAGCCGUCCACAUGUUUUUCCUCAAACUCAAGAUGAGGGAGUAAAGAAAGUGAUGGAUGGGAAUUAUGCUUUUUUCAUGGAGUCAACUACGAUAGAUUAUAUCAUACAAAGGAAUUGCAACCUUACCCAAAUAGGAGGUUUGUUAGAUUCAAAGGGAUACGGUAUAGGGACUCAUUUAGGAUCGCCGUUUAGGGACCCCAUAUCCUUAGCGAUUUUAGAAAUGCAAGAAAAUGGGCAAAUAACGCUACUUUACAACAAAUGGUGGAAGAACAUAGGUGUGACUUGUCACCGAGAUGCGAUUUCAAAAGAAUCGAAGGCGAGCGAAUUGGGCUUAGAAAAUGUGGGCGGUAUAUUCGUAGUUUUAUUAGGGGGGAUAGCUUGUUCCUUGGUCGUGGGCAUAAUCGAAUUCAUGUGGAAAGCAAGAAAAAAUGCUGAUAGCUACAAACAAUCAGUUUGUUCCCAAAUGGGAGAGGAGUUAAAAUACGCGAUAAGGUGCAAAGACUCCCGACAAAGACCUAGGCUUAAAAGGCAGUGUUCCCAAUGCAACAAUACGUCUUCCAAUGCAGCUCACCAAUACAUCGUAAACACUAACCAUGAAAACGUCAAUGAUGGAUUGAAUGUCAGCGUUGAUUUCAGCGAAAAAAUGGACGUCUUAUUUAUGAAAGAAAACGAAAUCGAUUCGUUUUGCAACGACGAUAUCACGAAAAUUGUUCAAAAUGAUAUCCUCAUGAAUUAUUACAAAGCAUGAUAUUAAUCUUAUAUUAUAUAUAUAAAUUUUUUAAAACACCCCAGUUUAAAUAAAAUGGAUUUGUGUAAAUAAUCAUAAACAAUUUUUCAUUUAAUAUUUAAAAAAUAAUUUUUUCAUUUCUAUGAAAUAAAUGAGCCACUA